GGCGAGCAGUCACGCGCACACACGCGCACCCUAUCGUAAGAGAUAGGUUCAGAUCUUUCAACUGAAGAAACUUCGUGCUAUCAGCAGUCACAGACAUCAGCAGAGGAAAGGAGCUACGCCCCUAAAUGGAGCGGGUGAAGCUUCUAACUGUUGGCACGGUGUCGACUUUAGGCUGAUCCACAUCACCAGGAUCCAACCUUUCUGACAACGCAUCUGUUACUGCACGAUGAAUUUGGAAAUUCAAGAAUUGAUGGAAAGUUAACAAGCUCAUGAAACCGUCUUGAGAGAUGAUGAAUCGCUACACCACGCUGAAGCAGCUGGGUGAUGGCACCUACGGCAGCGUGCUGAUGGGAAGAAGCAAUGAGUCUGGAGAACUGGUGGCUAUCAAGAGGAUGAAGAGGAAGUUUUAUUCAUGGGAAGAGUGUAUGAACCUAAGGGAGGUGAAGUCACUGAAGAAGCUGAAUCAUGCGAAUGUGGUGAAACUGAAGGAAGUAAUCAGAGAGAAUGAUCACCUCUACUUUGUCUUUGAGUAUAUGAAGGAGAACCUCUACCAGCUGAUGAAGGACAGAGAGAAUAAGAUGUUCUCAGAGAAUGAAAUUAGGAACAUCCUGUUUCAAGUGGUAUCUGGGUUGGCUUUUGUACAUAAGCAUGGUUUCUUUCAUCGAGACAUGAAGCCAGAGAAUCUGCUGUGCAUGGGUCCAGAACUGGUCAAAAUAGCAGAUUUUGGACUGGCCAGAGAGAUCCGCUCCAAACCUCCAUACACAGACUAUGUAUCAACCAGAUGGUACCGGGCUCCAGAGGUUCUGCUCAGGUCGUCUACCUACAGCUCUCCUGUUGACCUGUGGGCUGUGGGCUGCAUCAUGGCUGAACUCUACACUCUCAGACCUCUUUUCCCCGGGAACAGUGAAGUGGAUGAAAUCUUUAAGAUCUGCCAAGUUCUAGGUACCGUCAAAAAGCCGGAUUGGUCAGAGGGCUACCAACUAGCUUCUGCUAUGAACUUUCGCUUCCCCCAGUGUGUCCCGACCCACCUGAAGACCCUGAUCCCUAAUGCCAGCAAUGAGGCCAUCACCCUGAUGAGAGACAUGCUGCAGUGGGACCCCAAAAAAAGGCCCACUGCUGUCCAGGCCCUGCGUUACCCAUACUUCCAGGUUGGCCAGAUCUUAGGACCUCGUCCUCAGAGCCAAGAGAUAAAGAAGGUGGAGGCCAGGCCGCUGGCCCAGAAGCAGGUCUCGGAGACCCAGGCUGGUACCCAGCAGUCUUCCUCUGAGUCCAAAGCCUCCACUUCCUCUGCCAAAAACCAACAGCAGCAACAUCAUCAGCCUCUCCAGCAGAUCCCCCUUCCCCAAACUGAGAGUACAGCAGGAGGCCAUGCAAAAGCAGCAGCGCUGGGCAGUGAGAACAGCGUUGGCGGUGGUGGGAUGGGGGGGCUGAAGAGUGGCCGUCGUCGCUGGGGCCAGACGAUGGCCAAGACCUUAGACAGCUGGGAGGAAUCCAACCCCUCAGAAAACACCGCCUCCAACUCCAAGAAACCCAGCCUGGGCAACGCAGAGGAGGAGAGGGGCCCGCAGGAGCACCGCCCACAGCCCAAGGAGCAGAAACCUCUUUAUUCCUUCAGCACAGUCACUAAGCUACCCAACAAUGUGAAGAUUGGCCAAAUGGACUCCAAUCUCCCAGGAUCUGCUGCACGACAGCACUAUCUGAGCCAGUCACGAUACUUGCCAGGGUUGAUCGGCAAGCAUCAGACUUGUUCUGGAGAUCAGGAGUUGAGUGGUAGGACGCUGCGGGACUUGUGGGAGAACUCCUCAAACACUGUAAAUAAUCCGCUUGUUCCUAUUGGAGGAGGAGUAUCUGUCACCAGAUCCAAAGCAGAAGACAAUGCGUCUAAAUCUGAGGAUAGCCCACCAGAGAAAAUGCUUGUUAAAGAAAGAAUACAGGAGAAAAUUGAUCUCUCCAAAGGGAACUUUGUCAGCACCAAAUACAACCUCUCUGGUGGUUAUAUCCCUUCAUUUCAAAAGAAGGAGGUGGGCUCAGUGGGGCAGAGAAUCCAGCUUGCUCCUUUGGCCAGCCAGCACACAAUCAAUCUUUCUUCCUCUCCUGAUAAUAAAAAAGACAAAUCCAAAUCUGCAAAGCCCAAACCAAUAUCCAACUCAUCUUUGAGCGAAACUCAUGAAGAUUACGAGGGUUGGAAUAGGAGGGCAGACCGGACUCAGAUGAAGGGGACCAGCUACUCAGCUCUGGGGAAAACCUCUGGGAAUCUCCUGAGCAGAGCUCCACCCGUACAGCCUGUCCACGGCAGGGUGGACUGGACAUCCAAAUAUGGUGGAAAUCGGUAGUUCAGAAAGGUCAUACAGCUUCUCCUGCUUGUUGGACUGUGUUGCCUAGUUGUAUACAUCUUUAGCUAAUAGAGUUAAACCUAAGCAGAGUUUUAAACACACUCAAACCCUACAGGAAACGCUGUACGUUCCCUGAAACAAAUGACAUCUUCAGAAAAAUCCAACACGGAGGUAGCUGGUAGAGGACAAAAAGUAGACCCACAUUCUUUGAGGAGACAUUUUUCAUACCACAACUGUAUAAUUCUGUUUCUAGAGAGUAAGAGAUGUAGGAUCUAACUGUGUAUGUGCAUCUAUGUUUGGAGAUGACGGUUGCCAUGAUGCUGAACCAAGAGUGGAACUGUCUGCAAGACAAUCCCACUGUAUUCCUGAAGGAUCCAGUGUGAGCCAAUUCUACUGUUAGUGUUGAGAUAUUCUGUGUACGAUUUAAAUGUAGUAUACAUUUUCAUUUUUAUACUAUAGUUUAUUAUUAUUGUUAAGUAUUGUUUUACUACAGAUGAAAAAAGCACUAAUUUAUUCACAGCUCCUGCGAUGCUGUUCCCUCUGCUUCGAUUCUCAGAAAAAAAUAUUCAGCGUAAUAGCAACAAAAAUGUCAACUGAAAACAAUUGCACACCUCUUUGUAUUAC